UUGCUAUUAUUUCCCUUCUGAAGAGACACACACACACACACACACACCAGCUCUCUGUCCAGCGGAAUCCACUGGAGAAUAUCUGUGCAUUCGUAUAUGUUUUUCACGCUUAACGUGAGAGCGCUCGAGGCGGGUUGGGGCGUACAGUAGCAGACGGAGGCGUGUUCAUCACCGUGUGACCCUGCUGCCGGCAGAAACAGGUGGAUGCGGGUCAGACUGGAGACGGAGAGCGCAGGGAGCAUCUCGUGUCAGAGGUAAAAACCGGUGCGUUUUGGUCAAGUGGUUUUAUCAGUUGGACGUCCUCAUUCCAGCAUUCGAAUGCAUUUGUCACUGGACACCAUGAACAUGGUGGAUGACAGCUGUCUUUCGCCCAGUAACUUCCACGAGAUGGUCAAAGCGGGGAGUGAGGCGAUGGGCACCCGUGUCCACAGCAUAGAUGUCAUCCUGGGCUUCAACAAGGACCAGGACCCUUUGCUCAACCCUGGAGGCAAUGCUGUAGCACACCGAGUUGGAGGGGAUAGUCUUGGAGAGCCGGGGAAGCAGGAUUCACAUCACUACGGGCACCUGCCAAGCCUCAGGGACGACUCGGAACAACCUGCGUUUCAUGAUGCUGAUCUAUUCUCCAACAAGUGUGACGGGGACUUGGGCGACCUACGGAAGUCCAUCGAGAGUGACAGCAAGUCUCCGGACUCGGCGGAUGGGGAGAUGCCCAAGAAAAAGCACCGACGCAACCGCACCACUUUCACAACCUACCAGCUCCACGAGCUUGAGCGAGCCUUCGAGAAGUCCCACUACCCUGAUGUUUACAGCAGAGAAGAGCUAGCCAUGAAAGUCAACCUACCUGAAGUUCGAGUUCAGGUUUGGUUUCAGAAUCGCAGAGCCAAAUGGAGGCGACAGGAGAAAAUAGAUGCAAGCACCAUGAAGCUCCAUGACUCUCCCAUGCUCUCCUUCAACCGCACGCCCAUGCACACCACCAUGGGGCCCAUGAACAACUCGCUUCCCCUUGACCCUUGGCUGACAUCGCCUCUAUCCAGUGCCACUCCAGUGCACAGCAUCCCAGGGUUCAUGGGUCCUACACAAGGAUUGCAAACGGGUUAUCCAAGUCACGGUUUCCUCAGCCCACCCCAAUCCAUGCAGUCCAUGGCACCACCUCCAUAUCAAUGCCAUCCUCCCUUCACCGACAAAUACCCUCUGGAGGACGUAGAUCAGCGCAGUUCAAGCAUCGCUACUCUGAGGAUGAAAGCAAAGGAACACAUCCAGUCCAUGGACAAAACCUGGCAACCCAUGUGCUAAGACAGGGGACAUCUCUCUUUGACUGUGGGCCUUCAUGUUUCUUGGUAACUAAUUGGUACUGAAGGUUAAUCAAGAACCAUGAUUCUUAUAUUGGAUGGUUACCUUGUUCUUCAGUUCAGAAAAUGUCGGGGCACCGAAAUGGUGCUAAUUGAAUAGGGUGCCAUUUAUUUAUUAUUACUGGAUGUACAACAACAACAGGCUCCAAGAAAACCAGCAGCUGUUGAAUCUGAAUGAAGAAGCAUUGCUUAGCAAUGCUGUUCCAUAUCACAUACAGCACACAAUGGCAAGUUAAAUUGGUUUCUUGAAAUGGUUUCUAGACCAAGAGUUACUGAAAUGUGAAUAUGAGGGUGUGUUUAGCAUCACAUGACCUCUGUCUGCAAAUUCACACCUCCUCCUUAAGGACUGAUCCAAAUGUUUUGGGUUGACAGACGAUAAAUAUGGCCAGUUGUCGGAAAAGACCUCUCACACAGGGAACUGAUUUCACUUCGAGUAAUCCCUCAUUUUGAUCAAAAAGUCAGGGACAGGGGACAGAAAUUAUUGGUUUGGGGGGAAAAUUUGUACGCCUCAGUGUUCAUUAGAGGCAAAGGCUUAUUGGCAGACCAUUCUUCUGUACGUGCAGAGGAGCAGAAGGGGAAACUAUCUGCCGUCACCCGACCAUGACUCCCCCUUUGUUUGUGCCAGCUGAUCCAAGUCUGAUCUUUGUUUUCACUUUUUUAGAGGGAAAGACAAUCAGAGACUGUCACUCUAAGAAACCAAUCACAAUUAUUUUUAGAUAAAACACCAUCAACGUGCUUAAAAUUAAAGGGUCAUUUCAGGAUUACUAAGAGAAUAAUUUACCAGCAAAACAGACCUGGCGUACCAUCAAAGGACCCCAGUUGUGAUGUCAUGUGUUGCCCACAAACACGCAAGUGGAAUUCACUGCUUAUUUUUGAAAGGAAACUCACAGUUUUUGUAGCAAUACAUUGUGUAGUUGUGUUUGACUAAUAAGAUAUUGACUCCCACGAGGAAGAAUAUUAAACUUUCGGGAUGAUUGAAUUAUUCAAUCGACAAAACUACUAAUAAUGUUUUAAGUUUAGUUGUGUAAGGAGUUAUAGAUGUUUUUCAUUGUUUAUCGCAGUCCUGUUAUGGGGCAAUCUAUGAUGUUUUUGGUAACUUGCACAGUUUGAACAAUUAAAAAACGCCAAAGUUAGACAGCAAUAAUGACAAUCAUUAAUAUGAGUGUGUGCGUGUGUGUAUGAUGUUAUUUCCGUUACAUGUUUAAAAUGUGUCCUAGACGUUUCCACAAUUACCCUUGAACAGAUGAAUGAAUGUCCACAAAUAUUCUUAAGAAUAAACAAAUCUAGUUUCUCAGA